CCUCUCCCAUCAUCGUGGCCGCCGCGAUACGCAUCUGGCGCGCUCUGCGCCCGCCUCAUAUCUCCCGUGUAUAUAGCAGCAACACAACCGUCUAUCAAGGGACUCUUAUAGAAGACGAGAAGACGCAAGCCAGCACCACCAUACUCGUCGAUCAGAUUCAGAUGUCGAAGCGGACCAAGUUCUACGCGGUGCACAAGGGAUCCCAAACUGGCGUAUUCGAGACGUGGACGGACUGCGAGGUUCAAGUCAAGAACUUCCCGGGAGCGCGCUACAGGGCGUUCUUCUCCCGCGCUGAGGCGGAGAAAUUCGUUCAGUACGGUCCCGGCGGUGGGCCUGCCACUCCAGCCCCCGCUUCAGCAUCACCUAUUGUGCAAACGCCGGGACCCAGCAAGUUCAAGCCUGCGGUGAUGCCGAGCACACCGAAUGCAGCGGCUCCGAGCACCUCGAAAGCGGUGGGGAAGCGGCCGGCGUCGGAGAUGCAGGCGGAGACUGGGAGUGAGGGCGAGUGGGAUGUGGUCUACACGGAUGGGGCGUGCUCGGGGAAUGGGAGACCGGGCUCCCUGGCGGGUGUGGGCGUGUGGUAUGGGGUGGGUGAUGAGAGGAAUAUGUCGGAAAGAUGUCCUGGGGACCAAACCAACAAUCGUGCUGAGCUCAUCGCCAUAGCCCGCGUCCUCGAAACAUUCCCCUACAAACGAGACAGACCACUCAAGAUCAUGACUGACUCCAAGUACUCCAUCCAGUGCUUCCGCGAUUGGAUCCCCAACUGGCGAAAUCGCGGUUGGCGCAAAGCCAACGGCGAACCCGUGCUCAAUGUCGGUCUCAUCAAGUAUAUCGACAGCCUUCUCGAGUUCCGCUCCCGCCUCGGGCACAAGGUCCGCCUUGAGCACGUACGAGGGCACUCCGGCGUCCCCGGCAACGAAGGUGCGGACCGGCUCGCCGUGGCAGGGUAUAGCAAUCCCGUCGAAGGCGAGCGCAACUGGGAGCAACUGGAGCGCGAUGUGCGCGCGCGAAUCGCUGCGGUGGAAGAGAAGAUCGCCGAGAAGAGGCGCGCGCCGGUAGAGGUUGCGGGGACGCCGGGUACCCCGGACUCGCGGACGAAGUUCCAACGCGUGGAUUCGAGUGGGCAGCGGCGCAGUAGCGGGCAGCACCAGGCGUGGGACUCGCCAACGUUGGCGAAGGCGCCCGAGACGCCAAUGCGCGCGCCGCAGACGCCGACGAGGCAAGUGCUGUCGCCGGGGAAGAUGGUGUCGCCCGAGGAGGUGAACAUAGCGGACUUUGAGGGCUGCUUCGUGGACGAUGAGGAGGAGCUGCUGAACGAGAUCAACUCGCCUGAUCCGCCGCGGACGGCGUGCAAGGUGGCUGCUGUCGAGCUUUCCAGUCAGGAGCUUGAGGCAUACGCGUCGGGGUUGUUGGAUGACGAGGAUCUAGCUGCUGAACUAUCCGACUAGGCGCGCUUGGACGAGGAUCCACUUGGUAUAAUUCCAUCUCUCGGUGUUGGCCAGGGUGCGUCUUGGUAGCAGCCCGAGCUUUAGCUUGGAAUGUUUGUAUAAUACUUUUGGACUGACUGUUGGGUCUUGGAGGCUUCCUUGCACAUGUAGCAUGACGGAACUCUGGCUUUACUUCGCUACCGCGAUUACUACUUCCUGUCCUACUUCCUGCCACUCUACCCUUUUCUGGGUGUGUACUUCCAACUUGACGUUCGAUGGCUUCAUUUCGACAAGUCCAAUGUCGAGGAAAA